AUGUCGAUAUUAUCUUCAUCUUAUCAAUUAAUACCCGUUGAAAAUAUUAUUAAAUCAAAUAUUCGUGUUGAUCAUAUUCCAGAUGAUUUAAUAAAUUUAAUUAAAACAUUAGUUCCACUUAAAUAUUUAGCAAUAUCAAAAUUAACCGAUGGAUCAUCUCUUAAUCGAAGUAUUGUGGAUAAACUUGCAUCAAAAAAUCAUAUGUUGAAUUUGUUAGAUUAUUAUGGUUAUAAACAAAAUAAUCAAGGUGAAUAUAUUUAUCAUUCAUCAACAUCUGGCAAUGAAAUUGAACGACGACGAAAUGGUGUAAAUGAGUUGGAAAAGUUCUUCACAGAUCUCAAAACUAUAACAAGCAGUUCCCCAGAUGAUUUAAAAAAAUUUAUCCAAGAUAGUAAUAUUAUCUCUGAUAAUUCUUCUGAAGAUAUAUCAGAAUCUAAAAGUAGAAAUUCACCAUCAGAUACAGGGUUGCUAUCGUCGCCACCAGGACAACAAGAAAUUGAAGAAGGCAAUGAAAAAACAUUAAGAACAAUUGAGGCAUUUAAGAAAGAUUUAGGAACAAAUUACAAUGCAUUUAUUUCACAUAGUUUCGUUCGUCGAAAAUUAGCAAUUUUGCUAUUAAAACAAAACAAGAAAAAUUCAAUCGAAAACGAUGAUGAAAAUUAUCUUGAACAAGUUAUUGAUCAACAUAUUAUCGCAUUGCAAUUUCUAGACAAACAGAGAGAUGUCUCUCGAACAGAUGAUGUCUAUAUAGAAUGUUUAAUUCGAUCGAAUUUUAAUGAAAAUCAAGCAUUAGAAAUAUUAAUUUCGAAACGACCAAAUUUAAUACCACUUGUUCAAACUCCAGUUAUAGAUGAACCUAGUACGACAUCAGUUGAUAACACAACAGAACAUUUAAAACUACAUUGGAGUCUCUUGAAUGAGUAUAAGAGUGAAAAUAACCCAACUGAACAAUUAUUACAUGAAACGGAUAAAUGGAAAAAUGGUAAACAUCUUGUACCAGCUAUUCAACAACUUCAUCAACAAUAUACUAAUGCAAAUGUUGAAGAUAUAUUUCUAUCGAAAAUAUAUCGUCUACUUUACUCUGAAUUAUCACAUACAAUUGGUCCUCAAAUAUCUGUUAAAAUUGAAAUGUUUGCAAGUAUUCUAUGUCAAUCAUCAUUAUCGGAAAGUAUUGAAAAUCUUGAUAUGGCAUCGAUUAAAAAUAUUUUAUGUUCAAGUAAUGAUCUACAUGAUGGUUUUGAAACUCAUGCAAUGAAUGCAUUAUCUAUGAUGUGCCCAAUAUGUACAAAUUCUUUCCCACAAACUCAAAUGGAAACUAUGUUUCUAUGUAAUCAUAAAUGUUGUUUAGAAUGUGCUAAAAGUCAUUACAAAAUUACGAUAAAUGAAAUUACAGAUUUUCAAUCGUUAAAUAAAUUAACAUGUUUUCAAGAAGCACAUGAAAUAAUAAAUGAAACAAAAGACAACUUUUUUGCAUAUUUAGAUUUAAAACUUCGUCAAUGGUUUCGUGAUGAACCAGAUAUUCUCGAAAGAUAUCAUCAUAACUCAUUUAUUGCAAACAGAGAUAAACAUACAAAACCAUGUGGUAGUCCGAAGUGUCCGAGUUAUUUUAUUGUUGACGAUAAUAAUCGCAUUGGUUUAAUUUAUUGUCCUGAUUGUGAAUUUGGUCAAUGUCGUCAAUGUAAUCGAAAAUGGCAUCCGGAACAUACUGAGAUGACAUGUGAAAAGUAUGAAGAAUGGUUAAUAAAUAACGACCCUGAUGAUCCAACUGUACAGGCAUAUAAAUAUUUGAGUGAAUCCGGCAUCAAAUGUCCAAAUGAAAAUUGUUCUGCCAUUUAUCAAUAUCAAGCAGGAGGCUGUGAACAUUUUACCUGUAAGCAAUGUCACACAGACUUUUGUCGAAUGUGUUCAGCAUUCUUCUAUUCACCUUCGAAAGAACCGAAAUGUCCCAAAGAUAAUUGUCUUUUAAUGAAUACCCUUCAUGCUCAUUGCUGUCCGAAUUGUUUCCGAGAAACUCGUAUUGGUGAUAUCAAUGCAAUUGUUAAAUUAUUAACUGAUCAUAGUAUAGAUGUAACAAAAGAACUUCAAGAUAAGUCAAUCUCCACUACUAAAAUAUGUCCUGUAGAAGAAUGUGGAAAGGCAACAUCAACAAUUUGUGAAGAUCGACUAUGCGAAAUGUGUUAUCGACAACUCCUUUGUUCUCUUAUUUGGCGUCAUCAGAUAGAACCAUGGGCAAUUUAUGAAGACAAUAAUCUUGCGCAAAUGCUUAGAAAAGCAUCAAUUGUUAUCCCAGAAAAUAUAACUCGUGAAAAUUUAAUACAAUUAUGUCAACAAAAUUUAAAUACUUCAUUGGGUAAACCAAAAAAACUAAAACCUUGA